CGUCCCGCUUUGUAUUUCAGCUACUCUGCACUUCGGAAGAAAAACCUUUUCUACUUGAACACUACACAUAAAGUCGACGUGAAGCUUUAUUUUUGCACCGUUUUUGUUAAUAAAAAGCACAAGAAACGCCAGCCGAAAUGGAGUCCCAAGUGCGUCAGAACUACCACCGCGACUGCGAGGCCGCCAUCAACCGGAUGGUGAACAUGGAGCUGUUUGCGUCUUACACCUACACUUCUAUGGCCUUCUACUUUGACCGUGAUGAUGUGGCCCUGCCAGGCUUCUCCCACUUCUUCAAGGAGAACAGCCAUGAGGAGAGGGAGCACGCUGACAAGCUGCUGUCCUUCCAGAACAAGAGAGGAGGUCGCGUCUUACUCCAGGACAUCAAGAAACCAGAGCGUGACGAGUGGGGCAGCGGGCUGGAGGCCAUGCAGUGUGCUCUGCAGCUGGAGAAGAAUGUCAACCAGGCUCUGCUGGACCUGCACAAGCUGGCUUCUCAGCAUAAUGACCCUCAUCUGUGUGACUUCCUGGAGAGCCACUACCUGGAUGAGCAGGUUUUGGUUGUUUUUGGGAACACUGGAAUAUGA